UAACCAUUUUACCUUCUGCUAUGGAUACCUCUCUAUCCAAGCUUGACUCAAGCUACUUGACCUAUAAUGACAGUUGACAUCGAACCUGCGCCAUUGAAGGUAGCUAUUGUCGGAGGUGGCCCCGGUGGGUUGGGAACAGCGAUCGCGUUAUCCAAGAUUCCAAAUAUCGAGGUCACAAUCUUCGAGCAAGCAAGCCUACUGCGAGAAGUCGGCGCUGGAAUAAGCAUUGGGUCGAACACUUGGAAGGUCUUGGAAUUGCUUGGUGUUGCAGACGCGCUGAACAGCGGACAUCCGACUUGGACCACUCUAAAUCUUAACGGUCGGUCCGGUGAAGAGCUUCAUCGCCGUGAGAAACCGAGAACAGGUCUAGAGCGCGCCCCAAUCCGAACGCAGAGGACCAAGCUACAGUCUGCUUUGCUAUCUCAAAUACAACCCGGCACUAUCAAGCUAUCAAAAAGGCUAUUGAGAAUUGAAGAUCGGGGUACAGCAGGUGUCGAAUUACAUUUCAGAGAUGGCUCAACAGCCAUCGCUGAUCUCGUAGUUGGUGCCGAUGGUAUUCGCUCAGUAGUUCGUGAUACAGCCUGGUCAGAUUAUCAGAUUAAGUUCACAGGUACCACGAUCUGGCGUGCAUUAUUGCCUUGGGAAGAGGUGAAGGACUUAGACGCACGAUUCGAGACUACAGGAUGGUGGCACACGCCUACGACGCACGUGUAUUUUUCGCCUGUAGGCGAGGGAUUGUGGGAGAUAGCUGCAAGAGCGUGGCAUGACCCCGCAGUGCACAGUGCCAGCAAGGUCAGCUGGGGUAUACCAGUCGAUAAUGUGCACGUUGAGUCGCACUUCAAGGAGUACCUCCCUCAGAUCCGAGAGGCGCUCGCACGUGUACCCCAAGGUAGCUGGCGAGAGUUCGCUGCGUUCGCAGGCCCCGAGCUUGACACGUUGACUGCAUGGAACAACAAGGUUGUCCUCGUUGGAGACUCAUCACAUGCCUUGUCCGGUGCUUUGGGAUCGGGUGCUGGAUUCGCCAUGGAGGACGGCUGGAUCCUUGCUCAAUCGCUGGCACACCAUGCCAACGAUCUCAGUAGGGCUUUACCGCUCUUUGAUCAAAUCCGUUUGUCCUACUAUGCGCGCAUGUAUACUCACAUCGCUUCUGAAGCAAACAGGCGCGCAAAGAACCUGCAAGAUAUUGGCAAUCCAUCAUUUGACGAACGAGUGGCCAACAAAAUCAUCUCCGACGGGGGCGCAGACAUGUCUUGGAUCUACAACAACGAUAUCCAGGCAGUCUGGAAGCUUGCGACUGAGGGUCUUGGUAACCAGCCGUGAUGAUCAUCUCAGACUGAUCAUGACGUAUCUUGGUGGUGAAUCGCGUCUUUCGCUUGCGAAGUUGUGUCGGCCAAGUCGUUUGGCGAAGCACGCACUUCAACUCCUGGGUGUUUCUUGAUGAGACGCGGUGUGCAGCAUCAGCGGAGAUGCGAUCUAUGACUGUCAGUAACGUCGGUUGUAUAGUGUCAUGGUCACAUACUGCGAUCACUGUUGGU